AUGUUGUCAAAGCGGUGUCACAAUGCCCCCAGCCCCAUACAUGUUCUCCCUAGCUUGGUGUCCCAGACCCUCCCAAGAGUCCCUGAAUACCUCUGGAGCCCUUGGCCGCCAAAAGUUCCAUCUCACCACCAAGGAAGGCGCUGGUCAAGGAUGUUCCAGGACUCACAGAAAUCCUCAGUACCCAGUCAUGGGCCGAAGACGCCAUCAGGCCAAAAGGUGAAGGCUCCACACCGUCCCCUGUCCUUGUCGUGGAAGCAGGACCGUGAGCAGACUCUGGCAGCAGCCUAUGUGCCGGUGGUGGUGGACCCCAGAGGGCAGAAUCCAGACAAGCUCAGGUUCAAUUUCUACACCUCCCAGUACUCCAACUCCCUGAACCCCUUCUACACCUUGCAGAAGCCCACGUGUGGCUACCUAUACCGCCGGGACACCGACCACACCCGCAAGCGCUUCGAUGUGCCUCCUGCCAACCUGGUCUUGUGGCGCUCGUAG